CAUAAAACCCACAGAAGAAGAAGAGGAGUGGCACGCACGAUUGAGUGGAGGGGCCCGUUUUAAAGGGAAACCAAUGUUGAGGUUAUACUAACAGGGUGAUUUUGACAGAGCGUUGGUCCAGUAAUCGAAAGGUCACUGGUUCGAAUCCCUGAGCCGACUAGGUGAACAAUCUGUUGUGUUCUCGAGCAAGCCACUUAACCUUAAUUGCUCCUACAGCUGCUGGUUGCAGGCAUCGAGCGGCAUAACACAAGCAGUGUGCCAUCCCCCCGUCCUCCUCUCAUGCCCCCCCCCCCAUGUCUGUCCUCCCUGCCUGUUAGUGUCCCCACCUUGUCCCCUCAUUGUCUGCCUUGUCCAGCCUGAAGCCCUCCUCUACCUCAUGCUUUGAACAAAGACAGCACACUGCGAGUCCAAUGACUGCCUGGAUCGUCUUGCCUGUCAGCCUCUCUGCCUUCUCCAUCACAGGAAUAUGGAUAGUCUACGCCAUGGCUGUGAUGAAUCAUCACGUUUGUCCUGUGGAGAACUGGUCCUACAAUGUGACAUGUACAGAGGAGAUGGCCAGGCCAGGCUUCCCUAAGACGUGUUGCACCAUACAGGACAUCCCACUAAUCAGUAAAUGUGGCUCCUUCCCCCCUGAGAGCUGUCUGUUCAGUCUGAUCGGGAACGUCGGAGGCUUCAUGGUGGUGAUGGUGUGCCUUCUGCGCUAUGCCCAGGUGAUUGAGCACAGCCACGCUUGCUGGAUUAACACCAACGCCCUGUUGUCUGGCUGCACCAACGCUGUAGGACUGGUCAUGGUGGGAAACUUCCAGGUUGACCAUGCCAAGUCUCUGCACUACGUUGGCGCGGGCGUGGCAUUCCCUGCGGGUCUGCUCUUCGUGUGCCUGCAGUGUGUUCUCACCUACCGGAUGGCCAUUACCGCCCUCGACUACUGGAUGGCACACGUCCGCGUGGCGCUGGCCGCAGGAGCCCUGGUCUCACUUGUCCUUAGUGGUAUCUUCUUCAUCCACGAGAGCUUUGUUCUCCAGCACGCAGCAGCCAUCUGCGAGUGGGUCUUUACCGUGGACAUCCUUGUCUUCUACGGCACCUUCACCUACGAGUUUGGCACAGUCACCAACGACACCAUGAUGGUUGGCCUGCAGCAGACCCACCACCACUCGGGGGUCAUGAUGGGCGGCACAGCCGGGGCCAUGUCGCUGAGCAUGGGAGCCAAGGGCCUAAAGUCCCCUGGAGGAAGCAGCACAUCCACCCAUCUCAACUGCACCCCAGAGAGCAUAGCCAUGUUGUAGCUCUGCUGGGGUCAAGGAGAUCACCACACAGGCAGCAGGGGUCAAUGAUGGCACUGGCCAGCCAGAGGGAGGAGACAAGACAUUGAAAAUCACAAGAUAUGAUUGACACACCGGGUCGGUAUUGCUGUAUUGGGUUUUUGUGUUUUAAUAAGCCAUCCGCUUCUCCACUACGGUCGAAUUUCCUUCACUUCACACUUACACAAAGAAUAAAUAUCUGGGAUGAUGAGGGGUGAUGAUACUGUGACUGUUUCCAAGAUGGCUACUGGCCUCUGCACACUGUCAUGAUACCGUCUUUCUUAAAGAUCAGUGUUUGAACGGUCACUGAGGCUUUUGCCAGUGUUCAUCCUUGUCAUGUUGGGAUGACAGACACAAAAUAAGGUUUAUUUUAUAUGCCAACUUUUAGUUUUUUUUUUCUGCCACAUUUUACAGACUUCCUCUACCUGGCCAUGGCUUGUGGUGGGGCCCGGUCUCUCAUGCCAUUCAACUCUGCACGCUACAAUUUGAAUGAGAGAGUAGAGUGCGUCUUUGGAUUGAUCAGACUGAGUUUUUUUCUUUUGUCUACUCUGCCAAUGUUAAAGCAUCGUAAUAGAAAAUAUUGAAUGUUUGAGAAGUGGAACUAUAGAUUGUAUACCGUUAUGUACAUGACAGUUCAGCCUGGCCUCAGAGCAAUAUGAAAUGUACUAAACGUAUUUCUGAGCACCUUCAAGAUGUAUGAUGCCUACUAAUGGUUUAGUUACUUGACACACACUAAAGUAGGGAGGUUGGUCGAAGAGGAUGGUUGGGCGUAACCCACGACAGACUAGCAAGCCAAAGGUUGCAUGUUUUAGAAACGUCAGGGACAACUAUAGCAUUUUAGCUAACCCUGAUUGUAAAUGUAACCAAAUCCACCUAACCUUUGUCAUUCGUUCCCCUAACUGCCAAUGUUAAUUUUCCUUUGUUAUGGUGCAACAAGCAACCUGGUCUCAAAUAAAGAUGUGCAAUACUAUA